UAAAAAACAAAACAAAAAAAUAAACAAAAAAAAAAAGAGAGAAAAAAAGAACGACGAGGGGAGGUGAUCUUAUCUUCGUCUCCUACCUCAGCUCCUCCGCCGCGCCGCCGCCGCCGCCGCCGCCGCCGACGAUCUCCGCCGUCGCCGUAACCGGCCUCCGCCGACGCCGCCCCGGCGUUAGCUCGGCGCAAGUGCUAGGGAAAUAUGGCUGUUGAUGGGUGUGUCAAUCCUGUUAUUUAUGAUAAUGGUGAUGACGAUGAUGCCCCUCUUACUUUUAAAAGAUCAAGCUCUUCGAGACAUAGUUCAUUAAAUUCUACUUCAAACAAAUCGACUUCCCAAAAGCGUGAUAUCUCUCUUCAGCGGGCUAGAUCUGAUCAUAGUUCUCCUAAUGGUGAGAAUUCAAACUUGCAAAAGAGUAAGGGGACUUCUACUUCAAAGAUGCCUACUGAGAGGCCGAAAAUACCAAACCCAGUUUCUCGGUCCUCAGUACCUGGUCCGCCCAACCAUUCAUCAGAAAAUAAACAUACUACUAGUUCUAUGGAUAGGACUAAUUUGAAAAGGCCCCAUGAGAACUCAGAUGAUUCAGAUGAUAAUAUACCAUUAAGUCAGAGAGCCAAUCCAGCUUCAAAGAUGGUUAAACAUUUUUCAGAACAAAGGGACACAUCACAUGGUAAAGUUGAGCCUUCCAGUGAUUCUGAUGAUGAUAAUAAGCCAUUGAUCUCCAAGUAUUCCUCAGUUGGAGCUGGGAAAGUUCCUGCAUCUUCAUCAAAGAACAGAAGCGGUAAGGAAAGUGCUGAUGAUUCAGAAGAUAAGAAACCUUUAGCUUCUAAGGUUAAGGCAAAUGCAUCUACCGCUGGAGCUGAGCAUGUUGCUUCAUCUUCAGCCAGAAAGAUAAACAGCAGCAGCAAGGAAAACGCUGAUGAUUCAGAAGAUGAGAAACCUUUGGCUUUUAAGUUUAAGGCGAAUGCGGCUACCACUGGAGCUGGGCAAGUUGCUUCAUCUUCAUCCAAGAAGAUAAACAGCAGCAGCAAGGCUAAUGAUUCAGAAGAUAGGAAACCUUUGGCUUCAAAGAUUAAGGCAAAUAUGUCUAUUAAGAAGGAAACAGGUAGCGAAUCAAGGUCCCCAAAAGAUAUAAACAAGCGGACCCUUGGUGAUGUUAAUAAUAGAAAUGAUUCUUUAGUUAAGAAGGCAAAAGUUUCAGAUAACUCUGCUUUUGUAAAGGUAAAGCAUGAAUCUGUUGUGAAAAAAGAAUUAAAAACAGAUGAUGGGGAUCGCAAACCUCUUGCAGAAAAGAUGAGGAAGUUAGGGUCUUCAGACAGCAAAUCAUCUACAACGAAAGUGAUAAAAAAACCCACUCCAUCAUCCAAGAAAGAUGGCAAGAAAUUGAAGAUGAAGAAAGCAAUGAAAAAAUCUACAUUUUCAAAGUCAUUGAAGGUUCCUCCUGGGUCAGGCGGAGGACAAAAAUGGACUACCUUGGAGCACAACGGUGUUAUUUUUCCUCCUCCGUACCAACCUCAUGGGGUCAAAAUGCUCUACAAUGGACAACCGGUUGAUUUAACUCCAGAGCAAGAGGAGGUUGCAACAAUGUUUGCAGUGAUGAAAGAUACGGAUUACGCCACGAAGCCGAAAUUUAUUCAUAACUUUUUUAAUGACUGGCGGCAAGUUCUUGGUAAAAACCAUGUUAUUAAGAAAUUUGAGCUUUGUGAUUUUACUCCAAUCUAUGAAUGGCAUCUAAAGGAGAAGGAGAAAAAGAAGCAAAUGAGUGCUGCGGAGAAGAAAGCUUUAAAAGAAGAGAAGUUAAAGAAAGAGGACAAGUACAUGUGGGCUAUUGUUGAUGGUGUCAAAGAGAAGGUCGGGAAUUUUAGAGUGGAACCACCUGCGUUAUUCCGAGGCCGUGGAGAGCAUCCAAAGAUGGGCAAAUUAAAACGACGCAUUCGACCAAGUGACAUCACGAUCAACAUUGGAAAAAAUGCUCCAAUUCCUGAGUGUCCCAUUCCUGGUGAAAGAUGGAGAGAAGUGAAGCAUGAUAACACGGUUACGUGGUUAGCAUACUGGAGUGAUCCCAUAAAUCCAAAAGACUCCAAGUAUGUCUUUUUGGCAGCAAGCAGCUCUUUAAAAGGGCAAAGUGACAAAGAGAAGUAUGAGAAGGCUAGGCAAUUGAAGGAUUAUAUACAUAAUAUUCGAUCCACUUACACGAAGGAUUUCAAUAGUAAAGAUCCUACAAAAAGGCAAAUAGCAGUGGCGACAUACCUCAUCGAUAAGCUAGCGCUUAGGGCAGGCAAUGAGAAGGAUGAUGAUGAGGCUGAUACUGUUGGUUGCUGUACUCUGAAGGUGGAGAAUGUCAUCUGUGUGCCCCCAAAUCAGUUACAGUUUGACUUCCUUGGUAAAGAUUCUAUAAGAUAUUUUAACACUGUGGAGGUCGAAGCACCUGUAUACAAAGCGAUUGGGGAGUUCCGUACUGCUAAAAAAGGUGACGGAAAAAGAAAAGGCGAUGGAGAUGAUCUCUUUGACUUGCUUGAUACAAGUAAACUUAAUGCUCACCUUAAGGAACUCAUGCCUGGUCUUACUGCAAAAGUUUUCCGUACAUACAAUGCUUCUAUUACCUUGGAUGACAUAUUGAAUAAGGAAACCAAGGAAGGCACUCUCCCUGAAAAGAUCGCUGUUUAUCAGCGUGCAAACAAAGAGGUCGCUAUCAUAUGCAAUCAUCAGCGCAGUGUUUCGAAGUCCCACGAAUCCCAGAUGUCUAGAUUGAAUGAAAAGAUUGACGAACUAAAGGCUCUACGGGAGGAAUUGAAGGUGGAUUUGAGUAGGGCAAGAAAAGGGAAGCCUCCACUUAAAGACGCAGAUGGGAAGACGAAGAGGAACUUGUCCCCUGAAGCGAUACAGAAGAAGCUUGCACAGACGAAUGCGAAGAUAGAGAAGAUGGAGCUGGAUAAAAAGAUAAAGGAGGAUUUGAAGACGGUGGCAUUGGGGACGUCUAAGAUCAAUUAUCUCGACCCUAGAAUAUCCGUUGCGUGGUGCAAGCGCCAUGAAGUUCCCAUUGAGAAGAUAUUCAACAAAUCACUUCUCGCGAAAUUCGCGUGGGCAAUGGACGUCGACCCCAGCUACAGAUUCUAAAGCACGUUGCUUCUCGGAGAGCGCGUCGAUGACUCCAGGUGAGAGACAUCCGGAACCUCUCAGAACAUCUUUUCAAUGUAUUGCUUGUGAUUCACAAAAGGGACUCGGAAGGGAGAAAACAAAAACCAUGUUGUAACUUUCCCUUUUCUUCGUCUCGGCAUUUGAGUUAUAAGAUGAGUCUCCGGCGUUGCUUGUGAUAGCUAUUUUUCUGACCUGUGCUAUGAUUCAAAAGCAGCCGCGGAAUCUGAGUUCAUGUGAACAAAAUACAUUUUACCAACAUUGAAAGUCUUAACAUAGAUACCCUGCUAACUUAACUUAUUUUAUCCCUACAUUCUUUCUCAUGUAGUGCAUACUUUGAAUCGCCAUCUUGGUGUGUGAAGUUUAAAUUUUGUUUCGAAUCGAAAGAUGCAGGAUUUUCCGUCA